UGGACAAGGACCGAUUAUUGCCAUCUCCAAGCCAUUUGCACAACUCUCAUUACAAAUGUUAACAUGAUUUAGGAGUGUAACAGCGUCUUUGCAUUUAGCACAAAGUUCGAGCCUCGCAACUCAUCCAUCAAACCGAACGAGUCUACGCUUCUAGCCCCUAGCUUGGGUGUUUUAGCUAAGUUUGUUUGGGUUAGUGCACCAAUGUCAGGUUGGCUUGUUGGUCGCCUUGUGUCGGGGCUUGGCGUCGCGACGAAAGCGGCUGUCCUGCCCCUUACACGCCAGACCGCAACUGACUUGGUGUCUAGCUGCCUCACACCUACAGCAUGUAGUAUGUGGAGGUGUUGGUCCGUUCCGGACCAAGCCUUCCUCUCCACAUCAGCUGUUUCAUCCGCCCAAGCCUCGCUCUCGGCGAUGUCUGAAGCCUCAGCAGCGGCAGCAGCCGCUGCUCCCUCCACCUCAGCCAGUGGCGCCUCCGCUAGUGGCGCCUCCGACAACCCCGCUAGCAGCUCCAGCGGCGAUGCGGCCGCUCUGGAGGCUGCACAGCAGCCUCCCUCAGCGCCGCUUCCGGACCCAAAGCCGGACCUGGUAGAUAAGUUCCUGUCGACCGAGGUGCUGGGUCUGGAAGAGCGCCGGCGGCUGGAGCGGCAGGCGGUGGUGCGCGACUUCCAGCGCCACCCGGCGGACACCGGCUCGCCGCAGGUCAUGGUCGCGGUGAUGACGCACCGGCUGCGGGAGCUGGUGCAGCACUUCGACUCCAACCGCAAGCAGCUGCCAGCCAUGAGGCACCUGGAGAUACUGGUCAACCAGCGGCGCCGGCUGCUGACGUGGCUGCGGGAUGCGGACUUCGAGUCCUACUCCUACACCAUCGCCAAGCUGGGGCUGCGGGACAUCUACACGCCCACGGGCUUCUCCGACCGCUACCGCGAGGGUCUGCGUCCCAGCGACCCGGUGCCGGACGACUCGGUCAACCGCCUGCGCUUCAACUUCCACACCAAGUACCGGCAGAAGAAGGCCAGUCUGUGGCAGCGGCUGCGGCCCCAGCUGGUGGCCGAGGACCCCUACCUGCAGGCGACCGACGCGGCGGCGGCAGCGGCGGCCAAGCAGCGCCAGCAGCAGCAGCGCGUGGCGGCGGCGCAGCAGCGGCUGUAGGCGGGUUGGUUGGGGGUGUACGUGUACUGAGUUGGUCCCAGGUUUUGGUCCCCGUGGAGCUUAUGGUGAGCCGGUCUGAUUUGAUACAUAGGCAUUGAUAGGCUGUCUGUGGAGAUGGGUGUAAGGAGGAGAGACGCGCGAGGCAGGGGGCUUGCGCUGUGCCCCAACCUGUGUGAGGGGGGAGGUGAACAAAACAGAGCCUGUUCAAUGUGCGCGCGCUGCUUCGAACUAUGGCUUUAUUAAUGUGGAUUGCUAGGCUGAGAUCCUGACUGGCGAUCUCCUUAGCCGGUACUUGCUGACGGCUCCUUUGCUGGACAGCAGGGUAUCUUUACGUCUGUCUUCCGGUGGCUCAUUCGUGAGGUGCGUGACCCAUUGUGGGAAAGCACGCUGUGCUGGUGGCCGAGAGGCUUAUGUGUAACGAAGUAGAAGAUUUGCGACAAGGUAGUGGCCUCACAAGCAGCCCUCUGCUUUUGGUCUGGUAAACCCGGUGCCUUCAUGGUUCGCUCCUGCCAUCUUCGUUUCCCCUCCCUCUCGCAGAACUCCACUGCCUCCCUUGCACGGUACCAGCUCACCCUCGCCAACUCAUCAGACGCUCACCUCACCUUAACAAGCACGCUUCCUGACCACAUUGCUCGAGCGCUAGUAAGGAACCCGCAUAGGUCCCUCCGCAUUGCGCAUAAUAAGACAAGCAAAGAGACGCCUACCAUAAUAAAACCCAAACGCAGACGUAAAUACCAAGGAACCCAAACCUAAACACCGGUACAAAGCGUCCCGGAGAAGUGGCACCACUAGAACCAUAACAGUCACAAACCGUGGCCCAACAAACCCAAAACAGCUAGCGUCUACGGUAAUAAACGGGUAUAGCGCAGAGAACCACACUACAGCCGAGAUCAACGAGCGGUAAAAGCCCAGCACAGGUGAAACACAUGCAGGGAUGUGUCGCCAACCCCAACUUAUAGAGUGCGCAGGUGGUUGCUGCCGCAAAGAGCUUAUGAUGUUAUCAGUUGGCACGAGCAACCGCGUAGACCUCGCCGCUGGGUAUGCCCCCCUGCUUUAUGCCGGAAAGCUCUCCACUGCUGCAUCCCUCAAGACACGCCAUUUUAAGAUAUGGGAGAACGCUAUCGAUGCUCCCCUUCGCGCAACGAUGCUUUACCUCACCAAUAAGGCUCCCGUGACUCUUAUCAAGUUGUGCAAACACAGCAUCACACGCAAAGAAUGUUAACCCACCAGACACAGCUGACGCUCACUACAUACA